GACCAAGUGGGCUAUUACUCCAUUGUUAUUAUUUUCUUCUGACCAUUUAAGCAAAUUUAGAUAUGUUAUAAAGACCGGCCGAUUGCGUUCUUGCUACUGCUACUUCUUCUUCUUGUGCUGUCAACACAAAUGAAACGAAAAGACAUGCACAUCAAACCCAUUAGCUUCCGAUCUUCACCGAAGACACCGGACGGACCCGGAGUCAAAUCUGCCGGUGGGUUUCAAGAAAUGGAUUCGGAGAUAUGGAGUCGCUUGCCGGAGGAAGUACUGGAGCAUAUACUCUCCUUCUUGCCUCUCAAAACAUUGAUGAAUUUGAGAUCAACUUGUAAGAAUUUCAAGUCUCUAAUAUACUCUCCUUCUUUUGUGUCUAGAAACUCUUCUUCAUCUUCUCUCUCUUCUUUUUUCUUGCUGUCUCACCCUCAAUGUCACGGUCACUUUCCUCUCUAUGACCCUGUCAUUGGCACCUGGCGCAAUUUAGCUCCUUCGCUCUCUAUAUCAGUACCCUGCACUGCACCAACGACUCUGAUUUCGUCUUCUAAUGGGUUGUUCUGCUUCUCUAUUCCCAAUUUGUCUUCCUUCCUUGUAUGCAAUCUCUUGGCCAAAUCUUCUAGAAUAAUUGAAUUCCCUUCAUACCCUUUUGGAUUUGAGUUACUCACUUUGGUUUCCACUCCAUUUGGGUACAAAAUCUUCAUGCUCUGCACUCGGUCUUCGUGUAAUCAAGCUUUUGUUUACGACUCAAGAACCCAUUCUUGGCAAAAAUUUAAUGGGUUUGAUCCAAUUUUCAGUGCUAAUUAUUAUCAAGGAGGUGUUUACUUUAAAGGGUCUUUGUAUUUUACUUCUCCAGAGCCAUUUUCAAUAGUAUGCUUUGAUCUGGAAAAUGGGGUUUGGGAGAGAUUAGAAACUAAUUUGCCCAUUGACCUCACAUUUGUGAGGCUUGUGAGUGACGGGGAAGAGAAGUUGUAUUUGGUUGGAGGGAUUGGAAGAAAUGGGAUUUCAAGGAGUAUUAAGUUGUGGGAUUUGGAUGAUGAAAGGAAUUGGAUUGAAGUAGAGAGUUUGCCCGAGAUGAUGUGCAGGAAAUUAAUGUCUGUUUCUUACCACAAUUAUGAGCAUGUUUAUUGCUUUUGGCAUCAGAAUACAAUCUGUCUGUGCUGCUACACUUGGCCAGAAAUAGUGUAUUACAAGGUCUUAAGCAGGACUUGGCAUUGGUUGCCUAAAUGCCCUUCAUUGCCUGAGAAGUGGAGCUGUGGCUUCAGGUGGUUUUCUUUUGUUCCUGAAUUGUAUGCCUUAGCUUGAAUUGUGUAUCCUAUUGUUUGAAUGGAUAUCCUUGGAGUUGUUUACUAGAAAAGAUAUAGUGUUGUUUGUC